UUGUAAGAUCAGGAAGAGCAGCCCAGUGAUCCCAAGAAUGGCACCACUUCCGGUUCAGCGUAUUACGCCCUACAAGCGGCCGUUCAGUUUUACAGGCAUCGACUAUUUCGGGCCAGUGCUAGUGACAGUAGGACGUCGAACGGAAAAACGUUGGAUCGCCUUGUUUACAUGCUUAACGACGAGGGCAGUGCAUCUUGAAGUCGCUCACAGUCUAACGACGCAAGCAUGCGUUAUGACGAUAAGACGGUUUACCUGCCGGCGGGGAGCUCCACUAGAAAUCUUUUCAGACAAUGGUACAAAUUUUAAAGGUGCGAGUAAGGAGGUUGUGAAACGGAUAUAUGCAGAUUGCGACGAGACGUUCACCGAUGCUACUACUAGGUGGAAUUUCAAUCCACCCUCAGUACCCCAUAUGGGCGGGGCGUGGGAACGAUUGGUACGCUCGGUGAAGGCAGCUCUCAGUGAGCUAGAUGAUGGGCGGAAGUUGACGGAUGAAAUUCUUCUUACCACGUUGGCGGAAGCAGAAGAUCUUGUAAACUCGCGACCGUUGACGUAUAUCCCUAUAGAGUUAGGAGCGGAAGCAGCACUAACCCCAAAUCAUUUCCUGCGCUCUUCUGUGGCGGGUGAUGUAACACAGCCGGUUCGAAAAAGCGAUCAAGCUCAAGCGUUGCGUGACUCGUAUAAGCGAUCACAACAUUUGGCAGACCAGAUUUGGAAGCGCUGGAUCUCGGAAUACUUGCCAACACUGAACCAGCGAAGCAAGUGGCAUGACGAAUCAGAUCCGGUUGAAGUAGGCGAUAUAGUGUACAUUGUGGACGAGAACAGUCGUAAAGGCUGGGUUCGUGGGAUCGUUACUACCGUCUUCAAGUCGAAGGAUGGCCGGAUUAGGCAGGCAUUGGUAAGAACAACAAAAGGUGAGAUGAAAAGACCGGUGGCUAAAUUGGCGGUGCUUGAAGUGAGAGAGCGUAAAUCUGGCGUUAAGGCGGAGCCAACACCAGUGUUACAGGGCGGGGCUAUGUAAGCACCGCAGGGCAUAUUGGGCAUACCUGUUGUAGCACUACCUUGGGCCAACGCUUAGUCGAUCGCUGGACAAAAACAUAGCUGUCAAAGGGUAGCAUAGAGAAGGAAGAAAAAAGGUAAACAAGAAAAAGUGAGUCGAGAGGAUUAAAGUUAUUUGCAAGUGAAAAUUACUAAUAAUUUCAGUGGAUUGAAACAGUUUAUUGGCAGUGCAUUAAAGUUACAUUGCCCUACAGGUGAAUUACAUUCAGCCGCGUGCAAUUCGUCAGUGCCUGAAAGGAAAUACUUACCGUAGGAUUGGUGUAGAUUGAGCCCGUUAUCUGUGAGUAAAAAAGUAAACAAAACAGGAAAAUUAAGCUGUUAACUUAUAUUACUGAUUUGAACAUAGGAGUCGGUGUCGUAAGUCGAGGAAGGUUGAGACAUCAGGAUUAAUUUGGAGAGAAACUAUUCAUGUAAGCUGAAUUCAUUUGUAUACCACUAUAAAUAGAUAUAACAAGAAUAAUAAUUACAGUUUUAAGCUGCGCGAAUACGGCUGCUAUAAAAAAGGUUUGUGAUUAAU